CAACAGAGCUUCAAACAUCUGGGCAACAAUGGAGCUCUGCAGUUCAGCUCCUCCAACGUCUUUCUAUUUGAAAUCUUGUGUUGUUUCCCCUCCAAUUUCGUCGAUUUCUCUCUCUAAUUCGCUCAGACCCGCCAAAGGAUUCACUUCUCUUAGAAUUUCUCGUGCUUGCCGCCAAUUCUCUCAUUCUCCAAGAAAGUUAUCAAUCUGUGCAAGGGCCUCCGCGCCACCGGCCGCUAACGACACCGUCAAAGAGCCUUUACCCGCCGAUCUUGUUGUUCAAGAAACGCAAGAGCCCAAUUGCAGGAUUCGGUUGAGCAUAGAAGUUCCAUCUAUCAUAUGUGAAGAUUGUCACAAAAGGGUCAUAAAUGAGUUUAUGAAGAAGGCUAAGGUUCCUGGAUUUCGCCCUGGAAAGAAAGUUCCAGAAAGUAUUCUUGUAAGUUAUAUCGGGAAGGAUGGUGUCCAAAAGGCGAUUGUUGAAGCUAUUCUAAAGAGAACUCUUCCACAUGCCAUGUCAUCGGUAGAUGGACGGGCUUUGAAGGACUCGAUCCGCAUUACAACCACAUUUGCUGACAUGGAAAAAACUUAUUCUUCUUUGAACAUCCUAAGAUACGAGCUUAUUGUGGAUGUAGCACCUGAAGUGAAAUGGAUUCCAGAGGAUGGUUAUAAGAAUCUUAAGAUCGUAGUUGAGCUUGACAGUGAGAUAGAUGCUAAAACAUCUGCUGAACGAGAAUUAAGACGCCGUUACAAGUCUUUAAGUACGAUGAGAAUCGUCACAAAUAGAGGACUACAGGUUGGUGACGUUGCCGUCCUGGAUAUAUCAGCAACAACAGCAGAACAAGACGGAUCAGAAGUAAAAAACGUUCCAGCUGCUGAGAGUAAAGGUUUCCAUUUUGAUACGGAAGACGGAGAUAGAGUUAUUCCUGGUUUUCUAGACUCAAUAAUUGGAAUUCAAGGAGGUGAAACAAAAUCUUUCCCACUUGUAUUUCCAGAGUCAUGGAAACAAGAAGAUCUUCGUGGUCUUCCUUGUCAAUUUACUGUUGAAUGUAAAGAACUCUUUUAUAGAGAAUUACCAGAGAUGAACGACGCCAUUGCUGAUAAGCUUCUUCCUGGAUGCACCAGUAUCGAGCAGGUUAAGGAGUCGUUGUUGGAGAGAUGUUUGGAACUCGAGCAAACAGCUAAAGAUCAAGCAACAGAUAACGCCAUCCUUGACCAGCUUCGAGAGAUGAUUCAAGUUGAUAUUCCUCAAUCAUUGUUCGAAGAGCAAGGGAGGCAGCUUUAUGGAGCCAGACUUCUACAAAUACAGGCAAACAUGAAACUAAAUGAAGAACAAUUGGCAACGCUUUCAGGCCCAACGGCAGUGAGAGAGUUCUUGGAAAACCAGAGGGAGAACAUAGAAAACAUAAUAAAACAGAAUAUUGCCGUUGGAGACAUUUUCAAACGCGAAAAUCUGCAGUUUUCAACUGAUGAGCUUGUGAAAGAAGUUGAGAACUCCGUUGCUGAGUUCAAAAAACACAAGCAGGAGUAUGAUGAGGAGAGCAUUCAAGAGCAGGUGCAAGAGGUAUUAGAAGGGGCAAAAGUGCUGGAAUGGUUGAGAGAAAAUGCAGAUAUUGAGUAUGUAACCAAAUGAUCACAAACAUGAAGCAGCCAAAGACACAUUUUUGUUCCCAGGUGCCUGUCUUGUGUUUUUCCAUCCUGUUUGAUUGUUGCAGGAGUCAUUAGUAGCUAUUUAUUGAACAAAACUUCAAUCUGAGUAUUUGUAAGUUUCGGCUGUAACUGAACAAGAACCUCUGUAGCAAAGACGAGAAAUUAAUGAACGAUUUCUCAAUCUCAACGGAACCCAUUAUCGUUA